CAGGGCCUCACCGGCGUCCGCCAGGCCGUGAAGGUACUGCGCGAGUACUACUCCGGUGACGCCGACGCGCCUCACGGCAAAUCCGAGGCUGGCAGCUCCAUCAUCGGCCUGCUCGAGGUGGUGGAGUCGGAUCUCAGCAAGUCGCUGGCGGAGGCCGAAACGACGGAGGACACGGCGCAGGCUGAGUACCAGCGGGUCAGCAUGGAAAACAAGCUCACGAAGAAGACCUACGAGUCCGACAUCAAGUACAAGACCAAGGAGGCUACUGGCCUCGACAAGGCCGUCGCAGAGCACAAGUCGGACAGGGAGUCCGGCCAGGCCGAGCUGGACGCCCUGCUCGAGUACACCAAGAGCGUGCG